AUGGCGUCGGAUUUGUCUCUGGAACCUGCAGAAAAGAAAGCCAGAUUGAAUAAUAUAAGUGAGGGAUUACUUGGUAAGAACUCCAAAGUGAAAUAUCAGAAAAAUAUCACCUUCAAUUUUACACUGAUCAGUUUCUGUCCUCAUCCAUUGAAGAAAAGAUGAAAGAAGGAGGAACAUUUCCUCGACCUGUUCUGGCAAAUGAGUACACGCGCGAUUUUCAAACAGGUAUGAAGCGGAACUGCUCUCGAUUCUUUGCCUCAUCUGCUUCGUUGAUUAAAUUCAUGUAUUUGGCAAUUUUCAGUGCAAGUUUACGCAGCUGAUGUAACGGACAAAACACAAACAUCGCAACUGAUAAGGUAAAAAUAAAAAAUGAAUUUAAAAAAAAACAUACGAGUGCUAAAUUUCCGCGCGGAUUUUUCGAUUUCUUGCGAUUUUCCUCCAUUAUUUGAUUUUGUUACGUUAAUAGACAAAAUUUUUUGUCUCAGAGAUUUAAAUGAAAUAUUGCCAUUGAAGGAGUUAGGACAUUUAAGACGAGUGCGAUGCCGCAAAGUCAACGACGGUAAGUUAUGACUUUAAUGAGGCAGCCGUGAAAUUCUCACUCACUUUGUAAUAUAAGUAGAUUAAGAUUUCAAAUUGAAUUAGAUCUUUAUGAUUCAAAAGGUUUCCUACGUUCAUAGAAAGUAUAGAAGGAGCCAUUUUUUUGAAAAACGGCCGUAUUGUUCUAUGUAUGAAUUACAUUAACAUACACAAAAGGCAUCAGACUGAUAAAUUUCACAAAAUUGUUAUGUGAUCUCCCAUAUGGUCUAGCGGUUAGGAUUCCUGGCUUUCACCCAGGCGGCCCGGGUUCGACUCCCGGUAUGGGAACGCGAUAUCUUUUUCAUUUCGCAUGACUUUUUUUAAAUAUGUAUUUCUUCUAUUUCACCAAUUCUUUUAAAUUCUUUUUUCGAAAUUUUAUUACGAAAAUUACGUUUUCUAAUCAACCUUUUGUCAAAUUUCAGAAUCACUUCUACAAAUAAUCUUAUGUGUAAGGAAUGAGGUAGCAGCUGACAAUUCAUUUACUCAACUUAUACAACAAAACAAGACAGCAGCAAAUUUUCUUGGGGAGCCCUUUGUGGCUGAUGUGGCAAAACAUCCACCUUUGACUAGAGAGCAGUUUAACCAAGCAUCUCUCCUUUGGCCUGUCAAUUUUCAUGAAGACAAAUAGUAAGUUAUUAAUUAAUAUUUAGUUAUUUAAAAUCAUGGAAUGGCCUGAUGUGUUAGCCAUAUGUAUAUUCAGAAACCCCUAUUCUAUUCCUCAUUCAUCAGGUAAAAAUAUAAGAAUAUUUUGUGGCAUUUUUUUUCUGUAUUUUAGAAUAGUACAUUAUUAAACUUCUGAGUUUAUUGUCUGGUUUUUAUAGUUACAUAUGAUUUGAGAUCACGUAGGCGUGUAAACUUUGUAUGUGUUAAGUAACACUUUGACCACUAAAAAUGACUAGCAUAUUAUUCCUUCUGACAAUAUCACCCCAGCCUGAAUCAAAUAUCAAGGUCACAAGAAUAAAAGAAAUAUCAGCAACUGAAGAACCUCUUGAUUGUUAAUUAAACAAGUUCUCCUUGUCAUCACCUCAGGAAAUGAAUAAAGAACAGUAUGGAGAAUUUGCAUGCUAAUGUUAGGGUGUUAAAUUUCCUGUGAGAGUUGUUUUGCUGGUAAAUCAAGACCAGGCGUCCUUUAUUGUUCAGAGAAACAAUUAAGAUUUUAGAUGGGCAAUUACUAUGUCCUUUUGGAGACCCAAUGCAUUUGUCUUCUAUUUAUGGUUUGAUAUAAAAGCAGUGAAUUUCUGGGCACCUUAGAGGCUGUUAAUAAGAUCCUAUAAUUCAGUGCACAGCUGUGGCCUGCUAAAAUAUAUCUCUAUGUAAACUGCAUUUAGUGUUGAUCUUCUUCAUUUACUUUGAAAAUGUUAUUUAGUGUUUCAAGAGCAUUAAAAGGGGAAUUAUUUGACAAAGAUGAAGUGUCAUUGAUUGAAAAGUUCAUGAGAAUGGCAAUAGUGGAAGGACAGAAUAUAACAUCCAGAAAGGUAAGAUUAAAAGAAAACAUGAGUCACCUGAGAUAAUACAUCAUUAUCUCGGGUGAGGAUCAAAACAUCAGUAUCUCAGGUGAGGAUCAAAGUGUUUGUUUAUUUACCCAUCUAAAACUCAGUUCCUUGUUCAGAUAUCUUCCAGCUCCAGUCACAGGAUGUUCCUUCAAUUAAUGACUUAAUCAAAUUAUUGUUCAGUCAAUGCCUCUAAACCAGCUCUCUCUUGCUUACUUGUUUGCCCUUGUUCAAUUAAUUAGUCAGACAUUCAACAACUUUGAGAUGUUAAUCCAGAAGUUGUGUUGGAGUGGCUGCUUUGAUUUUGCAGAUAGCCUCUUCUUUGUUAUCAUAGUAUUGGGAAAACAAGAGACAUGACUAUUGUAAAUUUUAGAUAUUGGCUCCUGAUCACAUCACCUUUUUUAUCUAGUCAUUCUGGAAGUACUUUUAGUGCUCAUAGGUUUUGUGAGUUUCUCAGGAAUCCUGUAAUAGUGGCUAGUAUCAGAAUGUCAUUGUGUAAACUUUCUUUUUUGUUAUCCUCAUAAAAACAAGCUAACAAAAAUCUCUGAAUCUUUUAUUUACAGUUUCCUAUUGGAGCUGUGAUUGUUGAUCCACAGAAGAACCAGCCCAUAGCUGUGUGUCAUGACUUAAGAUGUGCAGGACACCCACUCCAACAUGCUGUCAUGGUUUGCCUGGAUCUAGUGGCACACAGUCAGUCAUCAGGUGCUUGGAAACUUGACUGCCAAGAGGUAAAUGAAACAUGGACAUUGAAAGAAAAAGGAUCACAAUUACAGCAAAGAACUUGCUGCUUUUGUUCUAAGAAUGAUUCUAAAGACUGCAGCUCAAUGGAAAAAGGUUCAGUGGGUGAGAGAUUUACUCAUCAUGGUGAGCUGUGCAACUCGCUGAAAAAUGCUGACAACAAAUGCAAGUCAUUGCCUUAUCUGUGUACUGGAUAUGAUCUUUAUGUUACGAGGGAACCUUGUGCUAUGUAAGUAUCUGACAUUUUAAAGAGAUAUUCAACUUAAAUAAAGACAUGCAAAUCCUAAGAGAGAACUCAAAGCUUGUCUUUGUGCCUCACUUUUGUCAGAUUCAUUAUCAGCUUAAAUAUAUAUAUAUAAAAAUAUAUAUGUGGAUAUAUAUUAAAGAGAAAAAAAAAUUGUACAAAGCAACCUCUUUCAGGUGUAAAUGUACCUAUGCACUCCAUAUUUCAAAACCCUCUUGUGAACUUUGUGAAAAUUUAUUUGCCUAAAAAUCGUGAGUUAUUUUACCCUGACUCCCAUGAGUGACCAAGACACAGUUUCUCCCUACAAUGUCAAAACAAUAUAAAGCAGACAAGUGAGGAGAAUGAAGGAAAAUAUAAAUUAAGGGAUUAUUAGUUGAUUCAAUGCCCAAUCAUCUCACUAAACUUUACAAGAAUCGCAAGGCAGACAGAUAAAAGAUCUCGGGCGUGAAUUGAACAGGUAAAACUUAAAUGUUUCUAUCUCUAUUUUGUUACUCAAUCCACAGUUUGUUAGAUUCUUAUUUCUCUAUUCCUUUCCAAGGUGUGCAAUGGCAUUGGUGCACUCAAGAAUCAGACGGGUUUUCUAUGGUUGUAGUGACAAUAAAACUGGUGCUCUAGGCAGCAGAUAUAAGAUUCACACUCAAACUGGACUUAACCAUCAUUAUGAAGUGUUCUGUGGAGUGCUGGAGGAUGAGUGUAGAGCUUUAUUUGAGAGAACUCCCUCUUAGCAAAUCAGUCGAAUGCAAGUGACAGAAGCUGUAACACCCCAGGACUCCUUAGAGUCAUGUUCCACGCUUUGCUGAGUUUUAACUUAGUUGAGUUUUAUUGAGUUUUAACAGUUAAAAGUUUUUAUUAAUUGAGAAGAUGAAAGUUAUCACUUAAGUGAUUUUGUCUGCUACUGGAACAAAAACUUGGUCUUAAGAUAAAAAUUUUAAAUUUUGCCAUACAUUUUAUCAACACAAAACAUUGUUCUUUUCUUUUUUUUUCUUUAUUUUUUUUCUUUGUCUCCAUAAAAAAAAUAGUUAGAAUUUCUUUUUGAAUGAUAACAUAUCAAAAUGAAAAAUUCCAAAUUCAUGAAAGCAAAGUGAAAUUAUCAAGCAGAAGGGACAUUCAUGCAUUCAUGUGAUGUUUAAUUGUCAAAACUGUACUAAAAUUUCAUUUUGUCCGGUAGUCAUACUAUUGAAAAGUGUCUUAAUCUUUUUCAUCUUAAAAAUUGCCUUCUGUGGGUAGUACCCAUGUAAAAAAAAAAAAAGGAAGCAGUUGAAGGAGAAGAAGGAAAGAAAAGCCUACGCUGCUCAGACAUCUUUUUACUACACAAAUAGAGUACUUAGCCUAUAUUCGCAGCUUUAAUUACUUUCGAGUAUGAAUUAUUAAUUGUGUCAAUAUCGGACAAAAGCCAUUGAGGGAACUGGCAAUAAUGUGACGUCAUACAUUCCGAGUCUCUACUGCAUUACACGGUAGGUUAUCGGGCUGUGAAAGAUAAUUUACCCAGUUCAAAGUUCUUUAUCGUCUUGUAAACGAUUCGGGAGAUAUUGUAAAGAAUCUCAGUCACUCGAGGAACUUGUGUGGUAUUGUUAAGUGCCAUUUUGUGGUGAAACAUUUUUAUAUUUUCAACGAAAAUAUGUACAAGAACUACGGACACUACGUGUUGGCCAUUUCAGCGGCAAUUACAGUUCUGAUUUCUCUGUGGACUUCGCACACGAACGCUGUUCCUUUGAAUGGAACCAAUAAUACAGGGAAUUUUUCAUCUGUGAACACCACCUCUAGAAAUAAUAAUUCUUCGCUGCAGAAUUCAACAGCUGCUAACUCGACGACUACGUGUAAUGCCACAAUUUCCAACUGCACGACGCAGAAUUCUACUUUGCAGGGCAACGGAACUGUGGUCUAUGUCCAAGUUAAUUUGACAAAUUUAUGCGAGUCAAAUAGAACUCAGCGUCUCUUACUCUGCAACGGGACAGCGUUAAAUCUCACAAAACACUGUGAGAUUGCUAAAACUGGUAAUUUAUCGCUUGUUUGCAGAAAUGGAAGUGUCAUAAAUAGUUCCUUUAUCGCUGAUCUGGUUUCUAAUGCAACAAAAUCUUCCAUCACAUCAAACAACACAAUUAAUUCUGGAAAUCGCACUAUCGAAAAUAUAACAUCCUCGAUUAACGCCACUACAGCGACGCCAUCGAUUCAGACUCUAAAUGGGACUUUAACAAAUGGAUCGCUAGUUAAUGGCACCUCUUCGCAAAACGCCACAGAAGGGAAUGUCACCACAACUUCAAGCUCGAUCUCUGUUAACGCUUCCGCUAAUGCUACCGUUGCUGCACCAACUACAACAAAUUUGGAGGGUGCAAUCUCAAACGCAACGGAAUCUCCGACAACUAAGGCACAAGAAGGCAACGAAAUAUCGAGUACAGCAACUCAGCAAUCGACAACUACGGUAACUAAAGCGGAAGAGACAACUACCGAAAAAUCAACUACUCCAAGUACCACAGCGAAGGAGACAACUACCGAAAAAUCAACUACUCCAAGCACUACAGCGAAAGAGACAACUACCGAAAAAUCGACAACUCCAAGUACUACAACCAAGGAGACAACGGCCGAGAGAUCGACAGCAUCUAUCACCACUCAGGAAGCCUCGUCUCCUCCAAGCGCUAAGGAAACUACCACAAAAGAAAGCACAACUCAGACCACCACAACCAAGGAAACAGUGAAAACAGUCCAGACUACUACGACAACACAAGAAUCCUUGCAAAGAACAACUUCUUCGAAAGAUGAUCAACAGCAUUCGUGUAAGUUUUUAAUUUCCUUUUUUUAAUUCAGAGGUUGUUAAAUGAGAAAACGUUUCAAGAACACCAGAUCUUUCAAAAUUGACGACAACAGGAGAAUUACCUAAAAUAACGACUGUCAAAUAUGAUGGUUAAAAGUUAUGUUAAUUUGUAUGACAGCUUUGCAGACAUCUGCAACUCAUUUUACAUUUAAGUGCGGGUUUAUGCAGUACAUUUACAAUGGAAAUCUACAGUAGAAGCAAACAAUUUUCGUUGUGAUAUUCAGAGUUGCACUGCAUUUUCUACAGAAUGCAGAUAUCAAUGAUAUUAGUGUCAAUAUCAGUAUAAAGUAGUCAAGUGGAGGAGUAGGAAGAUAGCAAAAUGUGGUUUUGGAGACGUUUUUAGCCUUUGGUCUCUCGGAGGUUUACUUAAGUUGUGAUAACCACACAAACACCAACAAGGUAUAAAAGUUGAAUUCAUUGCAAAUAAGCACUGCAUGCAGAAAUAUAUAUGUUACAUUUCCACACUUGAGUGAAAAACUGUGCAUAUUGCUACUGAAAUGUUAGCCCUAACAGAAGGGUUGUAGCAAUUCACAAGAAGUCUGAUUCACUAAAUAUGCGGCCAAAGUUUUUUGGUUGCUAUCACAACAGCAUGUCCAUGUAAUUGGUAUGAAUGAAUUUUUUAAGCAAUGUUAGCUGUCCAAAUACAUUUAAACUAAACCAAUUGAAAGGGAAGAAAUUCAAACAGAUAUAACUUGUAAGAAUGAUUGUAAUGGUGGAGAUGAUAAUAAAUAAUAGAAAUGACAACAAUAACAAUAGUAUUUAUAAUAUUUGUAAUGGUAAUAUUCACAGUAACAAGAGCAGUUGAAAUAAUGAACUUAGUUGUUUUGUAAAUAGCUUAUCAAUGUACAGUAAUAGCAGGUAAUUUAGUGUUAACAACUGAGUUGAAAACAUAAAUGAAAACGUAAAGGGUAAAAAAAGCUUAAGUUUCAACAUUUCAAGAUGAAGUGCUAACACUCGAAACGUCAGCUAUAUAACACUAAAUUACCUGCUAUACUCUCCUAUUGACGCAGCACCACAGUUUCUUUAGAAACUUACCCCCAUUUAUUUAAUGUACAGUAAUGUCAAUUAUGGUAAUAAAAUGUUUAUAGUUUGUUCAGUAUUUUAGUCAGUCCUUUAUAGAACUAAUUUGAUCACUUUUGUACUUUAACAUGAGUCAGUUGCAUUAAUGAGAGUGCAUGUACUAUGUUUCUGCAAUUAUAUUUUGGCACAGACUCAGUGGUGACGUUUCAAUACAGUUGUCAUCUGCCUUUUUUAAUGUUGUUUAUUACUUCAUUCCCUCUAAUUUGUUUUUUUCUUAAUCAUUGAUAAAAUGUUUAUGUUAUUUUCUCUUUCAGUGCCAUCUCCUUUGGAUGAUGAAAAGGUAUUUUCAGUGAUAAUUUCUAUGUAAUAUUCAGUAUUUAUUGUUAUUGAAUAAUUAAUUACCUUAGCCAAUAUUAAUAGGAGUUGUUGUAUUAUUUUCCUCUUAAGCUAGCUUGACAUAAUUUCUUAAGUAGCUUCUUAAAUUCACUAAUCAUUUUCAAUAAUUUCUUUACAGAGUGUGCAAUUUUUCUAUGUUAAUGUGCUCACCCCAAUUGGUGCAGGAGCCUGUGCAGCACUGCUCAUUGCACUACUGGUUGUGCUGUGCAGAUGUUGCCGUCGACGAAAGCUAAAGAAAGUGCGCUACUUUGGAAAGGUAAUUCAUUUCCAAACUUAAGUUUUUAAUGGGUUUCAAAAUGUUAAAUAGUUAUGUCCAUAGCUCCUCCUGGAGUGAAGACCAUCAAUGAUCUCCCUUCUCCACCCUGUCCUGUCCUGGGCUAGCCUUUCAAAGUUGGUUGAGGUGUGGCCAUAAUGUUUCAUCUUAGCCUGAACAUUUUUCUGCAAGGUGUCUUUGGAGCAUUUCAACAUGGAAUCCUUCAUUCCUUGUCACUUGUGUGGUGUUUUCACAAGAAGCUGUUUUAAAUUAGUGCUGUCUUGAAUUAAUGAUUGGUUGAGAAGUGCCUGUAACCUGUGAUUGACUAUCCUCUGAUUCAGAGAAGGGAAGAAGCUGUGAAAUAUUUUUCAAAGCAUUUUGAGCUCACUUUGAAAGUUAGAGUAUUGGCACGGCAUUAGUGUCUUAAAAUAGAGUUGGCUGAAUGUGGAAUCCCAGAGUGUGUCUGUGAGGUUAGAGAAACUUUCAUCCUAGAGAGUGUCUGUAAUAGAUAAAGAAAACGUAACCAAAUGUGGGUGUUUUGUGGGACUUUAAAUAGCAGGAAACACUUACACCUGAAUUAUUUCAGGAGCGUUUAUGGUAUAAAUGAUUUAUUAUUGUGGAGAUUAAGCAUGCAAGCUGUUACCAUCUCAAAUUAAUCUGUCUUUCUGGGUAUGGUUUAGUUUAUCAUUUCCAGAAAGGAGAAUCAAGAAUCUGUGUAAGAUGAAACAUUUGCAUAAAUGUACCUUAAGUGUCUUUUUCAUUAUAUGUCUUUACAGGCUCCAGGACAUGUCAACAUGGAUGAGUUGAAUUUGCUUUCACAUUCCAGUGAUGAAGAGUGAUUAAGUUCCUCUUGGGUCCUUCUCCACAAUGUACCAAAUUUUUGGAAAAUCCACUUUCACUGAGAUCCAGAGCAGAUCAAAGUCCAGCUUGACUGUUCAAUUUUAUAAUGGCCACACUGGAUGUAAAUUUUUUUUUCACAACAAUUCUUUUGGAAAGAAGUUAAAGUGAUGCAGAGUUUUUGACAAACUGGAAGCUUGGAAGCUUUCUCAGUCCAUCAAAGUUUACCCAGGGUUGUCAAGGUUAUGCAUUAAAUUAUAUGCAUGGAAAUCUCAGGAGGUUAAUAAAGUGGAAGUCAGUGAUUCUUGCCAGCCUUUAUCGACAGGAACAGUUUGGUUAAGACUAAAGAAUCUUUUAAGCUAACUUAUUGCUUGUUAGCAGAAGCACAAUAGCAUAUACCAAGAAUUCUGGCUAAUAUUCCAUGAUGUGUUUGGUACAAGAGAACACUUGUAAUUGAGCUAGUACGUUUUUAUACUGCAGUGAGUGAACAAUAAUUGUCAAUCAACCACCACCUAUGAAAAUAGAUUUUGUAAGUAAAAUGGCUUUGAAAUAAUUGAACCGUUUAAGCUCUCUUUUGCAACAUUUAUUUGAUUUAACAGCAAUUUAAAUCAAAAUAAUGAUGAUGAGGAAGGUUUUGAUGCAGUGUUCCAGUUUUCACAAUAUGAUUCAUCAGUAUUUAUACAUGUAUAACAAUUUUAUUCUUGUUGAUUGAACCAUAUUUAACUGUAAAAUAAACACAUUUGAAAUAAUUAAAUUACAAUGGAGUAAUCUUGAUUAAAGUGUUGAUCAACCUGC